AACAAUCAAUCAUGACUACGGAAUCUGGAUCUGACUCUGAAUCGAAACAGGACCAAGAGCCAGAGCCCCAGGAAGCCUCUGGACAGCAGGGACAAGCUGGGGCUCAACAGCAGCCAGCAGAACAGCCACUCAGGGAGGAACAUCAGCAGGCAUUGGAGCAGUUCUCUGCAGCAGCAGCACAUAGCACCCCAGUGAAAAAAGAGGUCACUGACAAGGAACAGGAGUUUGCUGCUGCGGCUUCAAGACAGCUCGAAUAUCAGCAGUUUGAAGACGAUAAACUUUCUCAGAAAUCAUCUUCCAGCAAACUCUCUCGAUCUCCUUUGAAGAUAGUUAAAAAGCCCAAAAACAUGCAGUGCAAAGUGAUACUUUUAGAUGGAACAGAAUAUCUCUGUGAUGUCGAAAAACGUUCCAGAGGCCAAGUGCUAUUCGACAAAGUGUGUGAACAUCUGAACCUGUUAGAAAAAGACUACUUUGGUUUAACAUACCGGGACACUGAAAACCAAAAGAACUGGCUAGAUCCUGCUAAGGAAAUAAAAAAACAGAUCCGAAGUGGUGCUUGGCAGUUUUCAUUUAAUGUGAAAUUCUAUCCACCAGACCCUGCCCAGCUAUCUGAAGAUAUCACCAGGUACUACCUCUGUUUGCAGCUGAGAGAUGAUAUAGUAUCGGGAAGGUUGCCAUGUUCUUUCGUCACACUGGCCCUCCUGGGAUCCUAUACCGUUCAGUCUGAACUUGGAGACUAUGACCCCGAUGAAUGUGGAAGUGAUUAUGUCAGUGAAUUCCGUUUUGCACCAAACCAUACGAAAGAAUUGGAAGAUAAAGUAAUUGAGCUCCACAAGAGCCACAGGGGAAUGACACCAGCAGAAGCAGAGAUGCAUUUCUUAGAAAAUGCCAAAAAAUUAUCCAUGUAUGGAGUUGAUCUACAUCAUGCCAAGGACUCUGAAGGAGUAGAAAUUAUGUUAGGAGUUUGUGCAAGUGGUCUUUUGAUAUAUCGAGACAGACUCCGAAUUAACAGAUUUGCCUGGCCAAAAGUUCUGAAAAUUUCUUACAAAAGGAACAAUUUUUACAUAAAAAUCAGACCAGGGGAGUUUGAACAAUUUGAAAGUACCAUUGGAUUUAAGUUGCCAAACCAUCGUGCUGCAAAGCGUUUAUGGAAAGUAUGUGUUGAACACCACACAUUUUUCAGGCUCUUACUACCAGAAGCACCGCCAAAGAAAUUCCUUACCUUGGGUUCCAAAUUCCGCUAUAGCGGCAGAACUCAAGCCCAAACGAGGAGAGCUAGUGCACUGAUAGACCGACCGGCACCUUAUUUUGAGCGUUCUUCUAGCAAACGGUACACAAUGUCCCGCAGCCUGGAUGGGGAGGUUGGUACUGGCCAGUACGCCACGACAAAGGGCAUCUCUCAGACCAACUUGAUAACAACUGUGACGCCAGAGAAAAAGGCAGAAGAAGAGCGUGAUGAGGAAGAAGACAAGAGGAAAAAGGCUGAAGAAAUCACUCCCGUCUCAGCAGUACGGCAUGAGGCAAAGUCACCUUGGCUUGGCAACAGUUCAUUUUUCUCCUCAUCAUCCUCAUACAGUGGUCCCACUGCAUCUCCAGCAACACUCCGUAGGAGAUGUAAGGAGAAUGUUCAAAAAGCGUUAGGUUGUGAGCCAGCCAAAGACACUGGGCAGACUCGUGGUGAGCCUGACUUGGAUUCUAAUGGGAAAGGGAAAGCUUACGCAGGGGAUCAAGAUCUGGCCUUUAGCUACAAACAACAAACUUGCAAAGGCGCAACGCUGUUUUCCUUCUCCUUACAACUCCCAGAGUCAUUUCCUUCUCUUCUAGACGAUGAUGGGUACCUCUCUUUCCCCAACCUUUCUGAAACCAACUUCCUCCCUGCGAACUUGCAGCAUUACCUGCCGAUUCGUUCUCCAUCGCUUGUGCCCUGUUUCCUCUUCAUCUUUUUCUUUCUGCUGUCCGCUUCUUUCUCAGUGCCGUAUGCCCUCACUCUUUCCUUCCCUCUGGCUAUGUGCCUCUGCUACCUGGAGCCCAAGGCAGCCUCCUUGAGCGCCUCACUAGACAAUGACCUGAGUGACAGUUCAGAGGAAGAGACUGACAGUGAACGGACGGAUACUGCAGCUGAUGGUGAAACCACUGCCACUGAGUCGGAUCAGGAGGAAGAUGCAGACCUCAAGGCACAGGAAUUAGAUAAAAAUCAGGAAGAACUGAUGAAACAUCAGACCAACAUUAGUGAGCUGAAAAGAACCUUUUUAGAGACCUCCACAGAAACUGCUGUGACUAAUGAAUGGGAAAAGAGACUUUCCACAUCUCCAGUGCGGCUCGCUAUGAGACAGGAGGAUGCCCCAAUGAUUGAACCACUUGUGCCUGAAGAGACUAAGUCUGCUGGUGAAAAGAUCUUGGAUGGCUCAGAUAUCUUCACUUUAAUAGACUCUGCAAGAAAACCCACAGAGUUCAUAGGAGGGGUUACUACUUCUUCACAAAAAUGGGUUCAGAGAACAGAAACCAAGUUGGAGCCCAGUGAAAUAGAGGAAUCACACGAGCUUCACCAGCAGCUUAGUACAGAGAAGGUUGUUCAGCAGACGGUGGUGGUGGAAGAGAGACAUGUGAUGAAUGUGCAUGCAAGUGGGGAUGGUUCUAACCUGGCUGGAACUCAUUUGGAUGCUGCAGCUCAAGCAGCAUCUGCUGUGGCUUCUAAUGUUGUCGGGAAGGCGGGUUCUGCUCUGACUGAGGGGGCUAAAGAGGAGAAGAGGGAGGAGGUGGAGGAUAAAGCUGUAAUCAAACAGGAAGAGAUUGCCACUGCUUCUCAUGAGCGAGAGGAGGAGCAGACUGCAAGAUCCCUCAUUUCGGAAUCAUUGGAAUCAAAACCUCAUUUUGAGUCACCAUCUGUGAAGACAGAAACCAUCAGUUUUGGCAGUGUCUCCCCAGGGGGAAUAAAACUGGAAAUUUCAACUAAGGAAGUGCCAGUAGUUCAUACAGAGACAAAAACCAUAACAUAUGAAUCAUCACAGGUCGAUUCCAGUGCUGAUACUGAGCCAGGUGUAUUGAUGAGCGCACAAACGAUCACAUCAGAAACAACAAGUACUACAACCACCACACACAUCACCAAAACUGUGAAAGGAGGCAUUUCAGAGACAAGAAUUGAAAAGCGAAUAGUCAUCACAGGAGAUGCAGACAUUGACCAUGACCAGGCGCUGGCUCAGGCAAUUAAAGAGGCCAAAGAGCAGCACCCUGACAUGUCAGUGACCAAAGUAGUGGUACAUAAAGAGACAGAGAUCACACCAGAAGAUGGAGAGGACUGACCCCAGGAAUAAUUUAGCUUGCAUAUGAAUCCAGUCAUGCACACCAUUAGGAACACCAGAGCCUAUAUGGAGUCCCCGUUCUAACCCGACUGACUGACUUGUAUCUGUCCGUGGAAAAUUUCAGUCCAGAAGAAUUGAUCUUGACUGUUAAUAAAGACACUGGCAGAGAGAUCUUCCCAUAAUAGAGCAAUCCGAUUCAGCAUCAGUAAACCGAUAUUGCAUGAAGCAACAAUUAAAUUGCAAAAGAGCAGCAUUUCUAAUUUUUACAAAAUGUCUAAGUUUUCAGCUAUACCUGCACGUUCAUAACCAACAAUAUAAACAGUGAUCUCAUGUAACACAUAAACAAUUCAUGCCUUUCACAGUUUAUUAUUAAAGUCUAAACAAAAUGAUAAUUUGUUAGAUGGCAAAACCUUUUUUGUUUACAAAUUAAAGGAAAAUUACUCUCCACUGCUAGAAGCUGUAUAGGUACGGUGUAUAAUGUUUUAUUACACGUUAGAUGUGCCAAUAACACAGUUUAUUCAGUAAACAACUUGAAUCUUGUUGUUGUUUCUUCUGGUUUUAUUAUUAUUAUUAUUAUUCCCCUAUAAAAUGAUGAAUGCCUAAUCCUAUGGAAAUAUUUAAUGCUUACAAAAUGUGCUUUGUAUAUCUGAUUUAAUACCUUACGAGGUAGUCAUGAUUUUAGUAUUUCGACUUGAUUUUCUUUCUGUUGUCUGCCUUGUUCUGCAUUAAAUCCAGAAAGCUUCCGUUUGCCCUUCACAGGUCCUGAAUCUAUAAAUUGUCAUUAUUUUGGGGAAACUUGUACUUUCCUUAUAUUACAAGAUUAUUACUCUGUAAUAACCGUAUUGUUUUUUUAAUUGAUUUUUUUCCCUUAUGUUAUUUGAGAAAAAAAAUGUUUCAUUUCAAAACCUGGUCAACAUUUAUAAUCUAGUUCAGAGCCAAGCCUUAAACUGUACAGAACUUCCACUGUAAACUAUUGAGUGUUCAGUUAUAAAUAUCCAUUGAAGAGUUCUAUCUCCAUCACACUGUCAAUUGCAUCACAACACAUAGUGAAUGUAUGUUUCUGCAUAGUGAAAUAAAAGUGGUAAAUGCAUUCAAAACUG